AUGUUGGGCGAUCUGAUCACCGGCUCUGCGACUGCAACCCACGUAACUUACUCAUUCUGGCCCUCAUCGGCUUGUCUAUGGGAGAGCGGACGGGAUCCCGAAUUUUCCGAUGGGUAUGGUCGUAUGUGCUUGUUUGCGGAAGGAGAUUUCACUAUCUUUGGUGAGAGUGGGCAUGACUUCUUGGUGGUGAUGGCAAAGAGCAAGCAAAGGUCUGAAUACCGCAAGAGCCUCAAACUUCCCUCAUUUUGUGGCCGCAAUGAUAAAGUCCUCUUUACCCCGAUCCCAUCGGGCCUAGAUUCGAAGUACAGCUACUGCCGGAAGUCUGGCAUAAUCUCCGACGCCGUUUGCAUUGAUGCUAAGGCAAGUAUAGCUUCGUUAAUUACACUCGACAUGCAUACUUUACAAUCCUCCUCGCAGCUUUCCUUCGUCCCCAAGCUGGGAUGGAUAGGUCUGGGUUCCAUGGGCCUUAAUAUGGCCUCCAACUUGCAAAAGUAUCUAUCCAAGAAGCAAGAGCCAAAUCUUCGCUUUUACAAUCGUACCGAGUCUCGUGGGGCACCUCUGAAGGAACUUGGUGGAACGCCAUCAAACAUCAUCGAUUUAGUGUCUGACUCGGACAUUGUGUUCAUGUCUUUGGCGGACGAUUCAGCAGUGGCGUCCGUGCUUGACACGAUUCUCGAGGUUGAUCAUCUUGAUAGCAAGAUCAUAGUGGAUACCUCGACGAUUCAACCUUCGUCUUCGGUGACGGCUAAAUCUAGACUGCAAGAGAGAGGAGCAGACUACAUCGCCUCUCCUGUUGUCGGUGCCAGUCCCCUUGCUGCCACUGCACAGCUGUUGUGGAUAAUGGCUGGCAAGGAGACUUCCAUUGAUGUUGUGAGACCUUAUGUUACCGGUGUCAUGGGGAAGAGUAUCAUUCCCACGGGCGAAGACGUUCGUCAAGCGAGCUAUUUGAAGGCUGCAGCGAACUCUUUGUCGAUAGGUAUGGUCGAGGUGGUCGGUGUAGCUCAUACUCUGGUUGAGAAAGCUGGAUUGGGGGUCGAAACCGCGGAAGCGUUGAUCAAGGAGCAGAUUGGCCCGGUCGGAUUGAUGGUAUCCAAUCGACUGACCUCUGGGGCUUACAUGCCUCCUCGAGGCGAGCGACCGUGGUCACCGGCUGUCAAUGGACUGGCAGCCGGAAGACAAGCCUUGAAGAGCGGUCCUCAGCCGAGAUUGCUGUCACUCGUCCUGCAGCAGUUAGAGGAAGCCGUAGAGUACGCCGAAGGAAUUGGUCGAGAAAUCGAUGCGUCUGCAAUCUAUGGGGUUAUCAGAAAGGAUGCGGGACUCUCUUUCGAGACGGAGCAGGUCAAAAAGAGGGACGGCGAUAUUAUUGCGGUGGCCUGA